UCCUCCUCUCUCCUCCCCUUCAGCGCUCCAUCUUUCUCCCUCUCUCCCUCCUCUGCCCUCGCUCUCCCCUUUCUCUCAAAUUGACGUCGGAUCUGGGCUCGAAACAUGAUAACAGAAAAGCCUCACUGCGCUCCGCGUUGUCGGCCUCUCCUCCUCCUCCUCCUCCUCCUUCUCCUCCUCAACCCAGACCACCUAAAACUCAAAUAAGCAGCAGGCGUUCACAGGACUAAAAAAAAAAAAAAAAAAAGGCAGAAAAAAAAAGAGGACAGCACAAUUCUCCUAUCAGCGGAGGAUAACAAGAAGACAGACCUCAUACCACACUCAGCCCAACUGUGCGCUCCUCCUGCGCAUCGCUCGCGACCUCACAGUGCUCGUGCUGGAACUCCGGUGAAAGUUAGCAUGUAUGCGCACGCUUGGAUCCGCGCGAGCCUGGGAUUUGUAGCGUUCUGUCUGCUCGUCUUUGUCCAGCGGCCAGCUUCAGGAAGCAAGACCGCUCCCGAUGUGGACGAAUGUGCGGUGGGGCUGGACAACUGCAGCAUCGAUGCCAUUUGUCAAAACACCCCAAAAUCAUACAGAUGUAUCUGCAAGUCAGGCUACAGUGGAGAUGGCAAUUAUUGUGAAGAUAUCGAUGAGUGUGUAAAUGACUACAACGGUGGUUGCGUCCACGAGUGUAUGAACAUUCCAGGAAAUUACAGGUGCACAUGCUACGAUGGCUUCCGCCUGGCUCACGAUGGCCACAAUUGUCUAGAUGUGGACGAGUGUUCUGAAGGCAACGGAGGAUGCCAGCAGAUUUGUGUCAACAUGAUGGGCAGCUACGAGUGCCGCUGCAGAGAAGGAUUCCUCCUGAGUGACAACCAGCAUACGUGUAUCCAAAGGCCUAAAGUGCAACCAGAAGGCACAAAGGAGGGUCCCACCUGCAUGGACAAGAACCACGGCUGCGCUCACAUCUGCAGGGAAGCACAGAAGGGUGGCAUCUCCUGCGAGUGUCGACCUGGAUUCCAGCUCACCCGUAACAUGAAGGAUUGCAAAUUGACGUGCAACUAUGGCAAUGGAGGCUGCCAGCACAUCUGCGAGGAGACGGAUCACGGUCCCAAAUGUUCCUGCCACGUGAAGUUUGUUCUGCACAGCGAUGGGAAGACGUGUGUAGGAGAGAGGAGUGUCCAGUCCCAGGCAGCCCCACAGCUGUUCCCUAAUGAGACCUGUGCGGUGAACAACGGUGGCUGCGACAGCACGUGUCACGACUCGGUGACAGGAGUCCGCUGCAGCUGUCCGGUUGGCUUUACUCUACAGCCGGACCGCAAGACCUGCAAAGACAUUGAUGAGUGCCGUCUGAACAAUGGGGGGUGUGAUCAUGUGUGCCGAAACACAGUGGGUAGCUUCGAGUGCAGCUGCAAGAAGGGGUACAAGCUGCUAACCAAUGAGAGGACCUGUCAAGAUAUCGACGAAUGCUCUUUCGACCGAGCUUGCGACCACUUCUGCAUCAACUCUGCCGGUAGUUUCCAGUGUCUUUGUCGUAAAGGCUACGUCCUGUACGGCCUGGCACACUGUGGAGAUAUUGAUGAGUGUAGUAUAAAUCGUGGAGGAUGUAAAUACGGCUGCAUCAACUCUCUGGGGAGCUACGAGUGUACCUGUCCGCCUGGCCACAAGCUCCACUGGAACAGGAAGGACUGUAUCGAGCUGGUGAAGUGUCCUGCAGGACUGGUCGCACCAAAGGCCACUCUGACCUGCAGCAAGACGGACAAAAAGGAGAGCUGUUCUCUUACCUGUGCUUCUAAAGCUUACUAUUUAGCAGGGAUAAAUAACAGCUACUCAGUCAGUUGUGGCAUCCCCAAUCUGACGGGGAAGCCUCCUGCCAGAAUCAACUCCAGCACCAUUCAGGGCUGCGUAGAGACUCUGGCGCCUCCAGUGAAGCAGACGGCUUCUUUCAAGAUUAAAAAUGCCAAAUGUCACCUGCACCCAAAGUUGACGGGCAGGACUGAGGACAGGGGCCGGACUCUGGGGCCAGGGGGGGGUCAGCUGUGCAGCAACUGCCAGGUAACAUUUGUUAACCUGACGUGUGACUCGUCUAAGAAAGCGAAAGGGCGACACACCCGCAACCCUUCGAACAAAGAGGUGACACGCAUCACUUUGGAGCUGGAAGCUGAGGUCAAACCUGGAGACACCACAGGAAGUUGUAACCUCAGCUGCCUGCGACAGCGAAUGGAGAGGCAGGUAAAAACAUACAUCAAAUCUCUGAAGAAGUCCAUCAACCAGGAGCGCUUCCUCAUCCGAGUUGCUGGUUUGGAGUAUGAGGUGGCUCAAAAGCUUCCUCAGGCUGCCCUCAAUCAGGGCCACUGUGCCCCGGGUUCUGAGAGGACCAGUGCUGGAUGCGUUAAAUGUUUGYCAGGGUCGUACUACCACGGGGGACAGGAGCACUGUGUCCAGUGUCCACCUGGGACUUUCCAGGAGAAAGAGGGUCAGCUGGCCUGUGACCUCUGCCCUGGGAGUGAUGGCCAUGGGCCUGUAGGGGCACGAAACAUCUCUUCCUGUGCAGGCCAGUGYCCAACCGGGUACUUUUCAAGCGACGGCUUCAAACCCUGCCAGCCRUGCCCUCAGGGAACCUACCAGCCCGAUCUGGGACGGACGCUCUGCUUCCCCUGCGGCGGAGGACUGAGCACCAAGCGGGAAGGUGCCAGCUCCUUCCAUGACUGUGAAGUCAAAGUUCAGUGUUCUCCAGGCCAUUACUACAACACGACAGUGCACCGGUGUAUCCGCUGCCCCGUGGGGACCUAUCAGACAGAGUUCAGACAGAACUACUGCAUCUCCUGUCCGGGAAACACCACCACUGAUUUUGACGGUGCCACAAGUGUGUCACAGUGCAAAAACAGGCAAUGUGGCGGUGAGAUGGGAGAGUUAAUGGGCUACAUUGAGUCGCCUAACUAUCCCGGUAAUUAUCCCGCUAACGUGGAGUGCAUUUGGAACAUCAACCCUCCCAGCAAGCGCAAGAUCCUGAUUGUGGUGCCUGAGAUAUUCCUGCCUUCAGAGGAUGAGUGUGGAGAUGUGCUGGUGAUGAGGAAGAACUGGUCAGCUACAUCCAUCACCACGUACGAGACCUGUCAGACGUACGAGCGGCCCAUCGCCUUCACAGCUCGCUCCAGACGUCUGUGGAUUAACUUCAAGUCCAACGAGGCCAACAGCGCCAGAGGCUUCCAGAUCCCUUAUGUUACCUACGAUGAGGACUACGAGCAGCUCGUAGAAGACAUCGUGAGGGACGGAAGACUCUACGCCUCAGAAAAUCAUCAAGAAAUCCUUAAGGAUAAAAAACUGAUUAAGACUCUUUUUGAUGUGCUGGCCAACCCAAACCACUACUUUAAGUACACCACUCGGGAGUCCAACGAGAUGCUUCCCCGCUCCUUCAUACGCCUCAUAAGCAGCAAAGUCUCAGCUUUCCUUCGGCCGUACAAGUAAAACUCCGCAGCCGCCGGCGCAUCGGAUCACAUCGUCAUCAUCACCGCCACCCUCCCACUGCCCCUCCUCCUCCUCCUCCUGCCCCCAACAUGCCCCUUCAACCCCUACAGGUCACAUCCUCUCACAGAACUUUAAAACUCUACUAUGUUGCUCUUAUAUUUUUUUUUGGCUUUCAAAUUUUCAACACCAGGCAGACCUGGAAAAUACCCAACAUUUCAGACAUCUUUUUUUUUUAAAGGUUUUAUUUUCUCAGUUUCCAGGCCUGCAGUCCCGAGCUCAAACAUUUAGUUGGAAUGUAGAGKAUGUGAGUGGGUUUUGUUUUUUGUUAUGUUGUGCAAUGAAACCACAAAUAAGAAAGAAAAAAAAAAACGGAGCCUAUUUCAGACAGUAGGAGUGAUGUUUUGUGUAUGCGGUUUGAGCCUGAUGGAGCUUGUUAUUGUGUUUGCUUAAAUGCAACUCCCAGCUCUAGUUGCUACCAUUAAGUAUGACUGUAAGUGUUGUUGUGCAAAAGUGUUGUGUAACAUUUGGUCCAGUGUCUGUGUGUGCUGUCCUCGAGGAGGAGCAGUUGUUCAGUUCACAUCGCGGCUGUGUUCCGUCCUUCAAAAAAAAAAAAAAAGGAGGAAAAAAUGUUCUCUAUUUGAGCUCUUAGAGCAGUUUCCAAGGCUUGUACUGUUAAAACAGUUCAUCUGUGUUUUGCUCCAUCUGUUUAGACUCUUACCAGUGUCUCCCAACCUUCACAUCAUUUCUUCUGGUCUUUUUUUUUUUUUUGAGCCAACUCAAAGCAAACACAAAGACAUGGUUUAGAAUUCCAAGCAGCCCAGAGGACUUUGGGGGAGAUAAAAACUAAUCUUGAGGGCCACAGAAGUGAGAUGUUGUGAUGUCUAGUGGAACAAGUCUCAGAGAGUGGGAGUAAUGUCUUUGAGGGGCAUUAUGUUUGCUGCUUCUUUAUAAAAGGUCACUUUAAUUCUUCAUUCUCAUUGUCUUUCUGAUGUACUCGACACUAAUAAUCUAAAACAAAGGGAAGCUCAGAAUCUGAGAAACUUCUGUUGUUCUGCUCCGUCGGUUGAUAAUCUCUCAUUAUCUGUUUGUGGACUACCUUUUUUUUUAUUUCAGUUUUGUAAAUAAUGAAAAUAAAAUAGACAUGGGUUACA